AUGAAGAAGCUACAGCAGAAAACAAAGACGAAAGAAGACUGCUUAGAGGAAAUAGAGGCACAGAACUACAAAACCUCAUUGGAAGCCAGAAAAACACUUAAUUCCAUUCUUAGAACAACAGACAAGACAACAAAUAUGAUAUACGAGCAGAGAGAAGUUCUUGAAGAAAUAAGAGAUGAGUCUUACUUUGCAAGGGAUAACUUGGAGAAAAGUGCUAAUCUUACAGUUAAGAUGAAAAGAGCAGGAAAACUUCUUGUUGUAGGAGAUAAAGUCUCUGAUAAAAUAAAAAGCCUUUUCAAAUCUGCCCCAAAACCAAAGCAAGACUAUCCUAAUUCAAUCACUCCAUCUGACACUACAGAAAGAAGCAUGGAAGAGUUCUUUUCUGAAGAUAAAUCUGCUGUGAAGGAGACAACAACGGAUGUCUUAAUGUCAAUCCGGAAUGGACUAAAGACACUCCACACAAAGCUUGCAAACCAGAAUAAAGAACUAAAGAAUCAAGUUCCCUUAAUUGAAGAUAUAACUGAAACAAAUGCAAAGUCAUCCACAAAGGCAGAGAAGGUCAUGAAAAGCUUAAGAAAAAUAUAG